AUGAAGGUUACAAGCACUGCAAGAAGGAUUGUGGUCACCAGCUCGCUCAUCAAGACCCUCGUGGAGGCAGAGGCAAGAGCAAAAGCAGAGACCACCACUCCCAACACUGCAAAGUAUAGCGAGCUCUAUUGUCAAGUCAACGAGACCGCUGCUCUAACAAGUCCCUAUCUUACCGGCGGGAAUCCCGCCGUCUUGGAGAUGCAGAAGUUGGCCCUGGAAGAGAUGCUCGGUGGUCCGAGGCGUAACAAGUCGCUCGACAUAUUGUUAAGUGGUCAUGCCAUCACCGACCAAACCAGGGCAGAAGAGGCCGUGAAGGAUAUUAAAAUAAGUUCUAAGGGAGCUGCCCGGGCUGUUGGAGGACGUCAAGAUGCAAAUCGGCGAGACGGUCGAUACGGACACAGCAGAGGAAAUCACAACGGUACGCGAAUUGAUAAAACCAUUGCUCAAGAGCUAGAAGCCAUUCAUGGACAAUAUCUGAAAGACACGGAGUUCCUGAAGAGCUACUAUGGAGGAUCACACUUGAUCGCUGACACCCUAGAGGUGGUCAUGGCUCGACUGGCAGCAACUGCUGAUCUUGAUACUGCUAGAUUGAACAUCGCUCAAAUGUUCCGUCUAGUUGUUGAAGAGAUCGCCGUAGCUGGAUCCGACUUCCCCCGAAGAUUGCGCGAGUUCUCUGAGCUACUGAGACAAUGCAUGGAUAGUCUCGACGACGACGACGAUGACGAAGAUUAA